AUGACCGACAUAGAGAUUCCCAGCGAGCAAUGGGCUCAGGUGGUCGAGAAGUCAGGUGGUCCCGUCGUCUACAAAAAGAUACCCGUCAAGAAGCCCAGUCCCGAUGAAGUGCUCAUCAACGUCAAGUACUCUGGCGUGUGCCACACCGAUUUACACGCCAUGAUGGGGGACUGGCCGUUGCCGACCAAGCUACCUCUCGUCGGCGGACACGAGGGCGCUGGCGUCGUGGUAGCCAAGGGCGAGCUGGUCAAGGACGUCGAGAUCGGCGACCACGCCGGCCUCAAGUGGCUCAACGGCAGCUGUUUGGCCUGCUCCUUCUGCAUGCAGGCUGACGAGCCGCUGUGCCCGCACGCCCUGCUGUCGGGUUAUACAGUCGACGGCAGCUUCCAGCAGUACGCCAUCGCCAAGGCCGCCCACGUGGCCCGGAUUCCCAAGGAGUGCGACCUCGACGCCGUCGCGCCUGUCCUCUGCGCGGGCAUCACCGUGUACAAGAGCCUGAAGGAGUCCGGUGCUCGCCCCGGCCAGCACGUCGCCAUCGUCGGGGCGGGCGGCGGGCUGGGCAGCAUGGCGAUCCAGUACGCGCGGGCCAUGGGCCUGCGCGUCAUCGGCAUCGACGGCGGCGAGGAGAAGGGCCAGAGCUGCAAGUCUCUCGGCGCCGAGGUGUACGUCGACUUCACAAGCAGCGCCGACAUCGUGCGCGACGUCAAGGCCGCGACCCCCGACGGGCUCGGGCCCCACGCCGUCCUGCUGCUGGCCGUGAGUGAAAAACCGUUCCAGCAGGCGACCGAGUACAUCCGCAGCCGCGGCACCGUGGUGUGCAUCGGCCUGCCCGCCGGCGCGUACCUCAAGGCGCCUGUGUUCGACACGGUCGUUCGCAUGAUCAGUAUCAAGGGCAGCUACGUCGGCAACCGCCAGGACACGCAGGAGGCGUUGGAUUUCUUUAAGCGCGGCAUGAUCAAGGUGCCGUAUAAGACGGUCGGGCUGAGCGAGCUUCAGGAUGUGUACAAGCUGAUGCAGAAAGGCAAGAUCGUCGGCCGCUAUGUGGUGGAUACGAGCCGGUAA